AUGGAGACGGCUGCCGCCCCCGCCAUGACAGACCCCGUCGCGUCCGGGCCCUCGGUCACCCUGCCCGUGCACAACGGCACCAUACCUGCCGACGACCCGGCCGGCGAAGUGGUGGCCUCGAUUGCCCAGGCCCAGGCCAUCAGCCCAGAUGAGAUUGCACUCUACGACAGGCAGAUUCGCCUCUGGGGCGUCCAAGCUCAGGAAAGGCUCCGCUCUGCAAACGUGCUUCUCAUCACGGUCAAGGCCCUUGCCAACGAAGUCGCAAAGAACCUCGUCCUCGCCGGCAUCAAGUCCCUCACCAUCUUGGACCAUGAGGCCGUCACUGAAGAUGAUCUCGGCUCCCAGUUCUUCAUUUCUGAGGCCGACGUAGGCCAGAACCGCGCCGCAGCUGCUGCCCCGCAGAUUCAGAAGCUCAACCCCCGUGUUGACAUUAUCGUGGACACCUCCGACAUCAGCACCAAAGUGCCCGAAUUCUACCAGCCUUUCGACCUUGUGAUCGCGACCGACCUGGACUUUACCACGCUUUCCACCGUCGACGCUUCGACCAGGUUGGCGCAAAAGCCCUUCUACGCUGCCGGCACCCAAGGCAUGUAUGGUUACAUCUUCGCAGACCUCAUCCAGCACGAGUAUGUCAUUGAGCGCGAGAAGUCCAACGUCGCCACAGCCCUCAGGCAGGAAUCUGCAACACGCUCCCUCAUCGCCUUUUCAGACAAGGGCGUUGAGAACGGGAAGCGCGUGGAACUCGUCACCAAGCGCGAGAUGUAUUCUCCUCUCCUUCUUGCGAACACAUCUCCUCUCCCACCGGAGUACCAGGGCAACCGUCGCAAGCUCCGACAGGUCACGCCGCUCCUCACGUGUUUCCGUGCGCUGUGGGAGUUCCAGAAGGUCAAUGGAAGGAGUCCCUCGCACAUACCCGCCGAUCUGCAGCUCUUCACGACUCAAGCGACCGAGAAGCACAAGGAGCUGCAGCUGCCAAUCGAGACGCUGACCAGCGAGUUCCUGCGCAAGUUCCUACAGGAUCUUGGUAGCGAGCUGGCGCCGGUCACAGCCUUCAUCGGUGGCCAGCUGGCCCAGGAUUCCAUCAACGUCAUCGGCCGGCGGGAGCAGCCCAUCCAAAACCUGAUGCUCUUUGAUGGCGACGAGUCCAAGGCGCCGGUCUAUGCCAUGCACCCCAUAUUCACCACGUGA